AGAAAACCACAGCUGUUGCGAAACGUCAAAGAGCCAGAAGAGUGGGCCGCAAAAAUGAACCAGGCGGAUGUGUCAAAAUUGGUUUCUCAACUGCGAAUUGCAGUUAACGCUCGUCAUCGGAAUCUCAAAAAUCCAGCCGGGCCUGAGGGGCGGUUAUUGAAACUACGCAAAACAGUCACAGCUUUAAUCAAGCACGAGCGCAUUGAACUUAACUACAACAGAGCAGAUGAGGCACGAGGCUACGCCGAACGGCUAAUAUCUGACGCAAUACGCUAUGGAGACUGUCACAAAGCCACUAUGGAAACAGCCGAUUUUUGGCUCCUCGAAAAGCAGCUCGUUCAUAAAUUGUUCAAGGUGCUCGUUCCCCGCUUCGAAAACUACAACAUUUCGUACACGCGAAUGUUCCGAGCGCCCAAGGACUACCCCGGACCUUCGUUCGAGCGCUCAGUCCUCGAACUGAGGGGCAACCCGUACCCGCCCCUGUAUCCCGAUCAGUCACAGAAUCGCAAUUUAAUCCACAAUGUCCUGCUGGACGAGGCUCGAAAGGAGUUCCGUAAGGAGAAAAUAGCCGAGGUCGUUUCGAAAACUACCGCAAGCGAGAGUAUAGAGGAGCGGAAACCCGGACCCAACGGCAGUCCCACGUCGUAAAAUAUUUUGUACUUGAUAAUCUGUAAAAGUUAGGAUAUUAAAGAAAUUAACAAUUUA